CCAAAGCCCUGGUUGCCCUCUCAGAGGGCUCGGAGCCCAGGCUGGUGUCUCACCUUUGCUCCAGCGCUGACUCAGGCUCCCACGUGUCCCUUUACGCAAGAGCCGUGCUGGCAGGGGACUCUGGCCAGGCUGCCACCACUGGCCUGGCCCUGGCCAAAGGGCAGGACCAGCCCCCGUAAAGGCAGUGGUGACAGAGCUCAGGCUCAAUUCUGUCACUGGAAUUGCUGGUGGGGACAUCUGGAGCGGACAGGAGCUGAGAGGAGUGGAAGAUCCCCUGGAGCAGAGUUGAACGUGCUGGUGGGAACAGAUCUUGAGCAAACAGGAGCUGACUGGGACCACUGUCCUUCCUCCCACAGGCUGCUCCGUGCUCCUUGGAAGAUGGAUUACGCCAAAUCCCUGAGCCAGCGCCUGGCUGCCCCCGUGUCCAAAUGUGUGUCUGCCAGUGCCUCCAUGACCCAGCAGCUGCUGGCCAGCCCGGCCCCACCACCCCGGCCCUACCGAGUGUGCAACUGGGACCGCAGCCUGCGCAAGGGGGUCAUGGCCCCCAGCCUGGCCGAGCUGCUGCGCCAGGCUCAGAGUGCCCUGGCCCUGCCAGCGCCCAUCGUGCUGGUGCUGGAUGAGGAUGGCACCGCCGUGGAGACCGAGUCGUUCUUCCGGACGCUGGAGGAGAACACGGCACUGAUGGCCCUGAGCAAGGAGCAGAACUGGACUGCCCCCAAGACACGUGGCUACCAGGUGGGCCUGUCCCGCAAGCCCCCGCACAGGAUCGAUGUCGCCUGUGUCACCUUCGACCUGUACAAGACCCACCCGAAGGACCUGGGCUGCCUCAAUGUCAAAGCCACCCUGUAUGGCACCUACAGCAUGUCCUACGACCUGCGCUGCUACGGGGCCCGGCGCCUGGUGAAGGAAGCUCUGCGCUGGGGGCUGUUCACCAUGCAGGCCACGGGCCACGUCCUGCUGGGCACCUCGUGCUACAUGCAGCAGCUCCUGGAUGCCACCGAGGAGGAGCAGAAGGAAGAGGAGAAGAACCCACUGCCCCUUCAGAACCUCCUGCCCUGCAGCCUCCCUGCCCUGCCCUACAAGAAGAUGUUGCAGUGAGGACUGGCUGGCCUGGCCUGUCCCCUCCUCUUUCCCCCCAGCCCUCGGGGGUCCCAGCCCCCUGCUAGGUCAAUGCCUGGGCAGAGGCUGCCACAGUGCCUGGCACAGCCUCUCCUUGCACUCCUCUGGCUGAGUGUGGCCAAAUCUGCUCUGGAAUAGCUGCUGCUCUGUAAAUAUAUUUAUUUAAGUAAAGUUCUCCUGACUUCA